AUUUGAACUCUCGCCAUGUCGACAAGGUUGGACAGACUUCGGUCGUUGUCGUCGUCGAGGUCUCGCUCCUCCAGUGGCAUCUAUGCCUCGUCGCCCAUUCCCCAGACGUCCACUGACAUUCCGUCUGUGAAUUCACCGCUUCUCCUGGACCCGUCGCGACCUCGACGAGUGGGGUCGUACGCUAUUCGCCGCGAAGUGUUGUUUGCGAUAUGCUGCGUGCUGUGUUUUGCGUGUUCGGGUGGGCUUAUUCUGGGGUUUGGUCCGUUCUACACGACUCUCGUGGGAAGUGGGCAGUGGCACGAGAAGUGCUCCGAGGGAACAACCGAUGCCGUGUGCCCCACGCAAGAAGUGUUCCUGCAGGUCGUGUUCUCGACCAGUUUUCUCUUCCUCAGCGCUGCCAACGUCAUCUUCGGUCUGUGCAUCGACAUUGUCGGGCCACGCGUCGCCGCCAUCACGGGAUUGCUGAUUGCGACUGUGGGCAACAUUUGCGUGGCUUAUGGGGACUCGACGGCGUACGACGGCAUUGGCAUCAUCGCGGGGUACGGACUGAUCGGCAUGGGCGGCAUGGGUCUGUUUCUGUCGUCAUUUCAAGUGAUCAACUUGUUUGAGAACCAAGGCAUUCCGUGCAGCAUCAUGUCGAGUCUAUUCAACUUGUCUGCCUACGUCUACAUGCUGCUCAAAAUUCCUGGAGCCACCCGCGGGAACUUUUUUGGCAGUUAUGCCGUUGUGUCGGCGUUGGCGCUGGUCGUGUGCUUUGCCACGUACCCUGCAAAGAACAUCCAUCACGCCCGCCCGGAAAUGCUGGUGCCCGGCCUAAGCUUGUACAUUCCUACUCCUCGGAAACCCACGCUCCUCUUGGACGGUCUCAAGCACGCGCUGCGGUCGGGUGACUUGUGGCACUUUGCGUUUUACUUUGGCUGGCUCUCGCUCGUGUUUUCGUUCACGGGAGGGGCCAUUCCUAGCAUCAUCCGCCGCACCGCCGUCGACGCCGACGUCGCCGACGUGUACACCAACUUCCUCUUCCCCAUCGUGUCCAACUCGACGUUUUUGUUCGCGCCGCUGGUCGGGUACUGCAUUGAGCGGUUCGGGUUCCACCAAGUGUUUGCCGGGUGUUUAUUCUUGACGCAGCUAUUCUUGGCCACGCUGUUCGUCCCCGUGUUGGAGGUGCAGCUUCUCGGGUUUGUCUUUUGCUCUAUGGCCCAAGCCAGCCUGUACACGCUCCAGUUUGCAUACAUCAUGAUGUGCUAUCCGUCGCGGCUGUAUGGCACGCUGCAAGCGUUUGUGACGCUGUUUAGCUUUACCAUUGGAUCGCUCGCAUAUGUCAUCAACCCCCUUGCACAGCAGUACUUUGGCGGCGACUACACCCUCAUCUUGACGUUCCUGGCGUUCCCAACACUCUGCCUCUAUGGAUUUCAGCAUUUUAUCCGCGAAGAGGCCGAAGAAGACAAGGCGACGUUGCCGUACGACGAGCCCAUGACCCCCCAGCACCAAUAACAAGCACGAGAGUUGUAUGACUCCAGGCGAACUGGAAAAUUCCUGUAACGUUAGUUAUUGCCGAUAUAUACGUAUAUUGUGAAGUCGAUUCGAAAUUGGAGUGGGUGCGCAGACAAUCGAUCGACCAAUGAAAACCUAAACCUAAU